CUCAUUCAAAAACUUCACUCGUGUUUUGUGUGACUCGUGUUUGCCGUUCGCUGUUGAUUCCUACAUUUCUCACCAUUUCUUCCUGUUUUCCAUUUUUUAAAUAAUUACAUUUCACGCAUCUUGUACCUUCAAAAGGCCUAAUUCAGCUCAACUAAAAUAACGUUGGUCAAUAUCUAAGCAGUUCAAAAAGAGAAAACAUGACUUUCGAACCGAAAAUGUCUCGCUUUGCUGUCCUUCCGGAUGACGUACCCGAACCUAUCGCAAAAAGUUCGGGGGACAAGCCGAGAAAGAAGAAGCCAGCUGACCAAAAAGCUAAGGUUGGACCUGUAGGAGACGCAGCAAAAAAGAAGGGAUCGGCAGCCAAAGGAAAGUCCCUCAGAAGUUUAGCCUUUGGAAGUGCCUCCGAAAAUGGGAAAAAGAAGGCCAUGAUCCCUCCUGCCCCUCAGCCUAAACCACUUGUUAACGGUGCUAAGAAAACUUCAGCUCAGUGGGAAGACUGGCAACGACGGGACACUGAUCUUGUUGACGAGGAGUAUGAGACUGAUUUGGAGGCAGCCUUGUUCCAAUCCCAGCUAGAUUUUCAAAAAGAGUUGUCUCGACAAGAAUCAGAAAAGGCUGCAGCAAAGUCCAGCAAAGUCAAGAAGAAGGGGAUUACUGUGCCAUUAACUGAGUUCAAUGCCUUGUUGUUGAAUAACCCAAAGCAGGAUGCUGCUAAGCAGCUUGCUAAUCCGUAUGCCGAUGAGCCUGAUGAAGAACUAAUUGAAAGUUAUAGAAAUCAAGCUCGGUUGCAACUUGAGCGUGAGAAACAAAGGGAACAACAACGAGAUGCAUCAACAAAGCGUACCUCUUCUGAAGGGGUCUAUAAGCACCCUCAUUCUAAAGAGCGAGCAAGGGAGUCGGAAUAUGACGAACAAAACAGAACGAUCGAAAAUCUAAGAGCUGAAAAUGAACUACUUAAAAGCGAAUUGGAAAAUUCGAAUCGUGAACUGGAAUCUUACAAAGCUCGGUUGAAGAAAGUUCAUGAGAUAUUCCAAGGUGCCCAAGAAUUAAAGGAUAAGGCGAAAAUAAUUUUUCAAGUUGAAACCCUCACGAAAUUUCAAGAAGACUUGCAGGAGCAAAUUCAAGUGUUGCAUUCUCAAUUAGAGCAAGAGAGGUCAAAAUCACAUGCAGCUAUUAAUGAACAGCGCCGACUGAUGGAGCAAUCUCGUCGUCGGACCAAUACUGAAGUGAGUGCUUGAACCUCUAAAGUAUCGACUAAAGUACCACCGACUUCUGCUGCUGUGCUGUGAAGGAAUAUCACCAGGCUAAAUGAAUACUGACAUAUUUUUCUAUAUAAUAUACAUAUAUUAAAGUUACAAUUUUUUGUUUAAUUUCCAUUCGGAUUUUGUAUUUCAAUCUUGUUGCAAGCAAUUAUGUUUUAAGGUAUUAUCUUUGUUGGCCAAAUAUGAAGUUUGUAGCUUAUAUAGGUAGUCGUUUAUCAAAUACGAUUUGUGUAAAACAUUUACAUUUUUUUAAAAAUCUUUAUGUACCAUUUUGUCAAUGGGGCAGUCAUAAGUCAAUCUUAUCCAUUAUAAAAUAAUUUAAAAUGUGAAAUUUAAUUUAAUACAUGCAUUACAAUCAAGUAAUUUCCCAAGCGUGGACAUCAUCAAAAAUCAAGUUAAAA